CGUACGCUUUUUUGGACGCGCGUUUACAUUACGCUCCAUGAGAGAGAAUGGUCGCCUUAUCGUGUACAAAUUGAAUGGAGUGAUAACACUGACGUUACAAAUUUUCCAAAUGUGAACGCGCAAAACAAUUCUAGGAUAUCCAUUUUGCGUAGUCCCACACAUACACUCGCACGAAAAUGGAGGCUGACUAGGACAAAUUCGUAAAGACAGCUUUUUUAAAAGUAGUUUUGACACAUUUGUGAUGGCCUCGACCAGCCAACAGAAUGAAGAAGAACCAGGGAGUUCAUCUGUCGUUAAUCCAGUCGACGAAGUCCGGGCGAUGACAUGGGGAAGUGAAUUGAAAGAAGACGUUUUCUUGCGAUGGUCGCAAGGCUUUGUAUUCAGUGAUGAUGAACCUAUGGCGCUGCUACAGUAUGAGGGAGGUCCUUGCGCAAUCAUCGCUCCUCUUCAAGCAUUCCUCGUCAAGAACCUUCUCUUCAGCCAGGAGAGCCAAUGUGAAGAGGGCACAGAAAGCUGGAGACAGACCAACGGGGACCAACGUAAGCACCUGCUCCUCUGCGCCAUGCAGGACGUCAUCUCCUCAGUGUCCAGCGGAAGCUACUUCCUGGUCUUACAAGAAGACAAACAGGAACUGACCAUUGAGAAUGUGGCAGGGUCAUCGGAUGGCGAACCCACGCAUGUCACCUUCCACAGGAAUCUCAGAAUACAAACAUAUAAAUCUGAGGAUGAGCUCAGAGGUGCUCUGAUGACGACGUACCACAUGUUUGUUGGUCAUGGAGGAGUCCUUCUCUUCCUGUACUCAGUAUUACUAACAAAGGGUCUAGCUGUUAUACAGGAAGAGAUGGAGGAUCCUAGUGAGCCCCUAAUAGAUGGCAUUUAUGGGCAUGGAAACCAAUGCUUGAUAAACCUGAUGGUGACUGGUCGGGCUGUUUCAAAUGUCUUUGAUCACGAGAAAGAUGUAGCUGGUCUACAAAUGAAAGGUAUCUCUAAACAGUCAUUGAUUGGGUUCCUGACAAUCCUAGAGAAUCUCAAGUAUUGUGAAGUUGGAACGUUGUUAAAGAACCCUAACUACCCUAUCUGGUUGCUUGCCAGUGAAACUCACCUCACAGUAUUCUUCUCCAGAGAGUUAGCGCUGGUCGCUACAGAAACCAAAUGGGAGGAAGCGAGAAGAGUGUUCAGUGAGUACGAUACAGAAGGUAGCGGCUUCAUCCAGUGUGCCAUGCUGCAAAAUGUCCUGGAGGCACUUGAGCUAGUAGCUGUGCCUGAAUAUGUUGAGUUCAUGACACAGCGUCUAGACCCUGAGAAGUGUGGGAUCGUCCUUCAGAACAUGUUCAUGGCAGAGUUCUUUCCUGACGAGCCUGAUAGGUUACUGCCAGAGUACUUCACAGUGUAUCAUUACAAUGGAAUAAGCAGAUCCAAUCCCAAUUCAAAGGUAAUGUUCCUUAAAGGAAGAGGCUCCGCCCCCAACCCCGGUGAGCUGGAGGUCCUGACAGAAGCCACGCCCCUUAAAUCUUGCCUGCGGACAAAAUGGCCAACGUUCGAGGCCGACUGGGAGAACAAUGUGAAACCCUCCAUAAAUUGAUGCUACGCAUAGUUUUGCAAACUCUUGUACAUAAUGCAUGUACAUAUGGACUCCAUUUUUUGACAUGUACAGUCUUUUACAAGGCAUGUAGAUACUACAUGUACAUGUAUAAGAAAAGCCACCAACUACACAGUCUCAUAAGAUAUCGAUUGUCUGUGGCAAUCUUGGAGAGUGAAGGAAGUUGGAUUAUCCAGAAUGUGAUGGAUAUGCUUGAACAAUUUGUUUCCUGUGAAUUUACAAGGCUAUGUAAUUCCGAUCAAGGAUGUCCAUUAUCCAUUAACCCUCUUGAGAUAUGUCUUUGUGACUCAAAGCCAGGUGGAACUGUUU